CUGAUUAUGGAGUAGAAAUAAACUCAUCUAAAUCACAGGGGGAACUAAAGAGCUGUAUCGUAAGGCUGUAUUCACAAAAAUGAUUGACGGUAGCGUCGUUGGUUACGAAGACUUUGGGAUUUGUGGACGCUUCGCUUAGGAUUUCGGACGUUUCCGGAACUGGUAGAGACGGUAAAAGAAGGACAAAAUGCCUGUUCUGUUUAAAGGAAGUAGCGAAUACAAGAGGAACUAUAAGUGGAAUCAGUCAUUCCGCUCCGGCUCAUUUGUGCCGAAACUAGAUCAAACAGCAAAAGAUGCUGGCAUGAGAUCGGACCAGGUGUCAUCAUCCCAGGAACCAAGUUUCACAUUGAAGAAGAAAGUUUGGCACAGAGACCCUCAAAUUCAGAGCUGUCUUAUUUGGUGGCCUGACAGUGAUACUGAAGAGAAAAUUAAGUCAUCUGCAGCAACCAUAUCACAUACAGAAAAAGGUGCAGCAUCACCAAUAGUAAAAGCUGAUAAGCAACGUAAAAGUUUAACAAAUAAGAAAUCUCCUGAGAAAACCAAAGCUAUUCCACAACACAGAAGUCGCAGCUUAGAUGGUAGCGUGAUACUUGCGCCACGAAAAGAUGUUCAAGCAGAAAAAAGAGCUGACUUGCUUUUACCAUCGUCGUCUCAAAAAUCACCAAAGCAAAUUGAUGGUUCAAAAAAAGACAGGGGUGAUGAAAAGAACGUGCCAAGAGACAAACGAAGUCUCAAACAGGGAACUUCUUACAACAGCAAAAAUAUUACUCAAAUAUCAAAAACUGAUUCUCCAACUAAACGUUCCAAAGGUUAUGAUGCAAAGACUAAAGUGAUUCAACCAAGCUCCAAGUCAUCUCCGGGUAAAAGAGAAAUUUCAGAACAACCCAGACAAAGCAUGACUAGUUCAAAAAAGUCAAAGCAAAUUAAAGAAAAUAUUCCCCUCAAACACAAGGCUGGUUUGCAGUCUAACAAGCCCUCUAGAACAUCAAAGGCGAGAUUAUCGGAGUAUCAGCGUAAUUUUAUGCCACCCAAGUUCGCAGUAAAACAAUCUCCACUACUUUCUGCACUUGAUGUUGUGUAUUCUUCUUCUCCUGCAAUUCCACCACAUGGGGGAAUAAAAUUUCGUCCUACUACGGAAUACAUAUCAAACUUCAAAGCCAAAGAUUCACCUUUGAUCAACAGGCCAUCCCAGACUUCACCUGCAUCCCCAUCAAUGAAAGCUCGCGUGAGAGAUUUGCAGAAUCCACAAAAGUCAUUUUUUACACAUGCAAAGAAAAAAGAUUUGCAAUCAGAAUAUGCAGCCCAAUUUGAAGCAGUAAAAGUCUCACAAGCAGGGGAGUUACGAAAUUUGGCAGAGAACAACAAACAGAAACACCUCGGAACACAUAUUGAUCCAUAUCAUGCAACACAAGUUGCAUCCCCAUACAACAAAUGCUGGGAAGCAUCUUCUAAUGGAAGUGGUUUAAAAAGUGAACAAAACGAAUCUGAGAUUGACCAAGAGGAUCUUAAAGAACAAGAAAAAGAUGCAGAAGAUAACUGGAGCAGAGCGUCUCAAAUUGGGAGUGAUCAUACCGAAUCUCUUGAUACUGAAACAGCAAUUGAAGUCGAUAGUUUAGAAUAUGACACUUCUCUAACAACUGGAGAUUCAGUCGCAAGGAAAUUAGCUUGGGGUGAACCUGAUGAUAAUAAAGAGGAAUCUGAUAAAAAAUCUGACCUAUCUGUUGAACCUCAGUCGAUUCUUGAAGGACGUCUAACUACACCAAGACUCCAAGCAAUGGGCGGUGCACGAAGAAGCCAUCUUGACUUGACAACACCUUCAAAGGGUGGGGCACUUUUGGUGUCACCAUCUCGUCAUGAAUCUUCCACAGGUAGCUUAGCCUCUUCAGAACCUGUAGAAGAAAAUUCAUCACCUAUUGCAGGUGCCCCUACAUAUGAUGCACAAAAUCUUCUGAAAGGUCGCACACACACUCUAACUCGUUUAAGCCCACGCUCUGCACCAGUCAAAUGCACACGUGAAAAAGGCCAACGAUCCACAUCUGUAAAAUCACCUAUUGUAAAAAAGGAGUCACCAAUGAAAAGAAAACAGACACCACCAAGCUCCAGCCCCAUCGUAACAAGGCAUGUAUCUUCCUUGCGAAACAUCAGGGCUCCAAUUAAAGGAUCACUCAGAAGUGAAGAAUUCCAGCACUGUGGUCCUCUAGGAAGACCUCAAACAACACCAGUAAUGGCUUCUAGAGACGAUGAUGUCCUAUCUGUUGCGUCUUCAUUGACAUCAGCGCGUGCAUCAGAGUUGCUUCAAAGGGCAAAAGAGAGGAAGAGCUUUUGGACCACUGUAUAAACAAUUUAGAUUUAAGUGCAGUGCCAAACUUUGUGCACCUGUCAUUGCUGCUUGAUAUAUAAUUAUUUGCCAAUUGUAGGUGUAGAGGUCCUAACAAAAUGUAGAAACAUCAAUUUCACAGAUUCUUGCCUUAAGCAAGAACAGAUGUGAUAAAUUCCAGACAUUGAAAGGGUAUAGGUUCUAAAUCAUGUAUCUCAAUUUUUCUGUUCAAAAUUAGGCUACCCCAUCAUAAUACAUAGUUGAAAAGAAACUAUGCAUCAUGGAGACAUUGUGAUUUUAUGAGACUUCUCUUCUUCAAGUAGGUUUGAUAUUAUUUUAUAUAUAUUUGUAUGUACCUUAAUGUAAUUACACAAAUAAAACGAUUUUUAUAAUAUAA